AUGGACUCCCCCAAAGAGACGCGCGAACAGCCAUGGAAGAAGUGGUAUAAGCCCAUCGACAAGGCAGCGACCGACUUCGCCAUGGCAGUGCUGCCUGUUUUCCUCGCUGGAAACGGAAACAAUGGGACCGACCACCUCGACUUUGCCGUCUACACGGCUGGCUCAACCGCGGCCGCAGCGACAGCUGAGGUUGUCAACAAGCGGUCCACGUAG